UCCACAUGGACUAAACUCUCAAAAUCCCAUUUAUUUCUCCUUCAAAUCAUACAUUCUGUCAGAGAAUAACAAGCACUGGAGCAUUGAAGCUUAUUACCUUCAUUUUCUUGAAACCAUUUCUUACUUGAAACAAAAUCAGGGAAUGCCAAGAAAGUGAAGUGUUUUGCUAUCUUGAUGGAUUGGCAAUUUGCAAAUCUUACCAAGAAAUGUUUGGAUCACAGAAACAGACAGCAACACCAAUGCAAAAAUUCGUUACUACAAAGAAUCUACAGAAGAGGCUCUUGCACCUUCAUCAUCUUCCUAUUCUUCAUCUCCGCCGUCUGCCCUGUCCGAUCAGUAAACUUCAACGACACCAAUCAAGACUUCCGACCAAAGAAGAUGAAGCUCGUCAGAGCCCAUCUCGCCAAAAUCAACAAGCCCUCCGUUAAGACAAUUCAGAGCCCGGAUGGUGACAUAAUCGACUGCGUGCCGUCGCACAAGCAGCCAGCCUUCGAUCACCCCAAGCUAAAAGGACAAAAGCCAUUGGAUCCACCGCAGAGGCCGAGGGGCCGGAAAACAAGAGGAGUGUAUGAAGAAAAUUUCCAGAUGUGGAGCAUGUCUAAUGAGUUCUGCCCACAAGGAACAAUUCCCAUUAGAAGAACUAGAGCCAAAGAUGUAGCCAGAGCCGCCGAUGUUCAAUCAUUCGGGAAGAAGAUUCGCCCCGUUGUCCGAGAUACAUCCAGCAAUGGCCAUGAGCAUGCGGUUGGAUAUGUAAGUGGAGAUGAGUAUUAUGGGGCAAAAGCAAGUAUAAAUGUUUGGGCUCCAGUGGUUUCAAAUCAGUAUGAAUUCAGCUUAUCACAAAUGUGGGUUAUAGCAGGCUCCUUUGGGGAUGAUCUCAACACCAUUGAAGCUGGCUGGCAGGUUAGCCCAGAGCUUUAUGGAGACAACUAUCCUAGGUUCUUCACAUACUGGACUAGCGACGCGUAUCAAGCAACGGGAUGUUACAAUUUGCUAUGCUCGGGAUUUGUUCAGACCAACAAUAAAAUAGCGAUUGGUGCAGCAAUUUCACCAACUUCAUCUUAUAAUGGUGGCCAAUUUGACAUUAGCCUCUUAGUAUGGAAGGAUCCGAAACACGGAAAUUGGUGGUUGGAAUUCGGGAACGGCGUUUUAGUGGGUUAUUGGCCGUCGUUCUUGUUCACACAUCUAAGGGAUCAUGCGACCAUGGUUCAGUUCGGAGGAGAGAUUGUGAAUAGUGAAAGUUCGAGCUCACAUACAUCGACACAAAUGGGAAGUGGUCAUUUCGCUGGGGAAGGAUUCGGAAAAGCCUCUUAUUUUCGAAAUCUUCAAGUUGUUGAUUGGGAUAAUAAUUUGAUACCAUUAUCCAAUCUUCGAGUUUUGGCGGAUCAUCCCAACUGUUAUGAUAUACAAGGGGGGAUCAAUAAGGUUUGGGGAAAUUAUUUUUACUAUGGAGGGCCAGGAAAAAAUGCCAAGUGCCCUUGAAAUAGUUUUCUUUUUUAUUUUUAAAUUAUAUCCUAUUUGGGGUGAAUUUAGGUUAUCUCCUCUCAAGAUGGUACUACAGCUUGGGUUAUUCUUUCGAUUUUUCCUUCCAUCUAACAGGUGUACUUAGGGGCUUGUAAAUGGUAAAUUGAAUUAUUAAAUACAUACUGUGAUUUUGUUA